AUGUCGGCCUCAAUCGAGUUGAACGGUCCUCACAACCAUAUCACCAAUCUCGAUGUCAUUACUGGAAGAGUGGUCGUCAAUCUACCGUCUGAGGCCGCGAUAGGAGGCAUCCAAGUCAAAUUGGAGGGAGAGAGCAAGACGCGUUUAACAGGCCCACGGCAUCCCAAUGGAGACCCAGAGAAGAAGCGGACGGAGCUCGAAGUGCAUAAGAUACUGUACAAAGUGGUGACUGUCUUCCCAACUCCUGCGAUCUUCAAUCCGGACAGCCCUAAUACUGCCUAUACGUUUGCGGCUGGAAGCUAUGAAUAUCCGUUUGAAUUCAAGGUCCCGUUCAACAAUGCGUGCAGUACGCACAAUAAUAGCAUGCUCACCAACUUAAACAUUACCGGAUUGAAGGUUGAAAUGGCGCGCCAAAGCAACCGUCAUGUUAAGAAGACUCUUCCGCCGUCCUUAAAUGGCUUUCCCGGUAUGGCAGAUAUCAGAUAUUAUAUCAAAGCAACGAUCAUUCGGCCACAAUUCUACAAGGAAAACAUUCGUGCGACCACGCCGUUGAACUUUCUUCCUAUUGAACCCCCACGGACAGGCGAUCCUAACCAAGAGACGUAUGCGAGACGGCAGCAUCAGUUCACCAGACAAGGCAGUUCCUCCAAGGCAAAGAGCCUGUUCCAGAAGGUUUCUGGUUCCCUUGAUCUCCUCGCUGAUGGUCCGCGCGUGUCAGCGGAUGCUAGGUUACCAAAUCCCUCCAUUCUCACCUGUAACGAGCCCAUUCCGCUACGGGUUUUGGUCAAGAAGAUGUCGGAUACUUCAGAAACGAUUUUCUUGCAGUCAUUCCAGAUUGAAUUGGUUGCAAAAACUCAUAUUCUGGCUCACGAUCUUAACCGAACAGAAACAGGCAGUUGGGUUAUAUUCAGCCGGAGCAACAUGGGCGCUGUGUUGGGUAAGGGAAGUGAUCCAGCCGGCACUGAAUGGACUAUAGAUGCUCGCAUGUGGAAUCAAUUACCACUGCCUAACUCAGUUGCUCCGACUUUUGAAACCUGCAACGUCUCUAGGACUUAUGAACUAGAGGUUCGAGUCGGUUUGAGUCACGGCAGUUUCGGAAAUAUCAAACCACAACUCAUUAUCCUCCCUUUGAGAAUGCCAGUCAAAAUCUACUCUGGAAUCGCCCCGCCCAAGGCCCUUCUGGAUGCCAUGACUGAAUCUGGACGCAUACAAGAACCUGCUGCUCCAUCUCUUCCCGCUCGACCCACGGACAGUCCAACGGAACGUCCUCCGAUGCCUCCAAGGCCGGCAGCCGCACCUGAGCCUACCAGUGCAGACCAAGUCCCCGACGAAGCACCGCCAAGCUACGAGGACGCAAUGGCAGAAAUAUUGAGUCCAGUGGAUGGUCCCCGCCGCGAGUAUAACCCACCAGAUGACUCUUCUUCCAGAACCAUUGAAUCUGGAGCUGAUUCGAAAUCCCCAGUCAACCCGGGAAGGGAUCCUGAGGCCUCAACAGCGGCAAUACCCUAUGGCAACCCCGCGGCCAUGUCAUCAGAGGAAUCGUUUGAUAUGCUUCCCUCGACACCUCCGGAAACUCAGUCUGGUUCGCCUCCCACAUCCCCAGUUGCGCGUCAACAAAGCGUUCUGAAAAUCCACAAAGUGCCACCUCAGCCUGAGGAGGAUCCACCGCACUAUCAAUCGAUAGCUGGAGAGUCUCCCCAGGCGCAGCAAAGUCCGCAAGAACAAAGGCAACCUCGGCAAGGAUUCCGGCCUAUGAACCUCGGAGUUCCCAGCAGGAAGCCGGUCCCGCGAAGCCCACAUCCCAGAGGUUGA